AUGGCUGCGGCUAUGCGCCGUCUGAUUCCUUCACGCCUCGCCGCAUUGAGCAGAGCCACCGCGGGGCGUCUGCGAAGGAAGGCUUCCCUAGGCGGCGGAGUCCUGCGGCUUGGACCUGUGGGGAAAGCGGAUCCAUGGAGGAGCAUUUCCACUACGCCAGAUUGGAACAGGUACAAGGGGCCGCCAAAGCCGAGCUUCUCAUGGAAACUGCAAGAUCUGCUCAACGAUGAUUUCUUCAAGAACGAGGUGAAGGUGAUACCAACAACUUUCACUUCGGUAGAGGGGUACAUGGGCUCAUUCAUGGCUCCACUAUUGGAAGAAGCUCGGGCGGAUCUCUGCUCCGCAUUGCACGGCAUCCGGCACGCGCCGGUGGCCCAAGUGAUCUGGAUCCAACAGGAACGCACUUCAGAAUUCUGUAUCUCGUUCAAGGAACCUCGGCCAGCUGGUAGUUACGCCCCGAAAGUCGAGGAUAUAUUGGUGCUCACAAGUCGGAAACCGACCCGCCACAUAGAUUUGGACCCAUUUGUCAUAGCUGUAGUGCCUCCAUCCGAAGAUAGUAAAAGUGAAAGCAAGGAUGACGAAGGCACCACCACCGGCUAUUCUGAAGAUAUGGACAAUACUGUCACCUCUUCACAAGACAGUGCCGUGCCAUUUCUUCUCAAGAAAAAUGCCACAGCAGUUGAUGUAGAGGCAUGGGCUCACCCCCUUUUCGAAAAAGAAAAGGAAAAUGCACCAACACCUCCCCCCCAAGUGGUAGACACUGGCACAACAAUAUUAAUAAGGCUGCUGUCGGGUAAACUACCUGUCAAACGACAAGGUCAAAAAGAAGUGAUCGCAUUGCCUCUUUUUGCGGUCUUUCUUAUCAAUAUGAAGACCAACAAUCAUAUACAUGAUGCACUGGAACUGAAAGCCGGCAUCCUUAGCCGUUGGGGCAGUAGCCUCGUAGAGAGGAUUGCAGAGUAUGCUCCAACUGCCGGCCAGGAUCGCAAUUCAUUGUUGCCAGAGGUACCUUCAGGGUUAGCGUCAGAUAAGGCGCUGGAUGGCCUUGAAAAAUUCAAGCUCAACACCUCACAGCAGAAGGCGGUACUUGAUUGUGUUUCAGCAAUGGAUCAAGCUAGGUGCUGGGUGCGUCUUAUUUGGGGACCACCUGGGACAGGGAAAACCAAGGCCAUCAUAUCUCUCUUGUGGUCAAUGCUGAUGAAAAACCGCAGGACACUAGCUUGCGCUCCGACCAACACGGCGGUUGUGGAGGUUGCCUCCCGUGUCCUCGGUCUUCUCAAGGAUGAGUCAUAUGGCGGCGGUGGCAAACACUUCUCGCUGGGCAAUGUCGUGUUGUUUGGCAACGAAGAUCGGAUGAACGUGGAUGAAAAGCUCGCAAACAUCUUCUUGGAUCGGCGUGUGUACCGACUUGUGAAUGUGGCGGCACGCUGGAGGCACUAUGUGAACCGCAUGCUAGAACUUCUUGCCAAGCCAUUGGCCAUGCACUCUUCGUAUCUUAAGGAUGUUCGACCGGAGCGUACGGGUGAUAUUUUGCGGCUGCAAGGGGUGGGGGAUGCUGAACUAGAGAGGAGGAGGAAGUUGACAUUCAAGGAAUUCUUCAUAGAAAAUUACGAAUGUCACGAGGAAGCACUGCGCCGCUGCUUCGAGACUAUCCGCAAUGAUCUGCCCUUACCCGCUAGGAGAUUUGAUUACCUGGAUGAGACCCUGCGCUCGCUCGAAGCUUUCGGGAAACUUCUCCGGUCCGAGCCGGAGCGCCCGCUGGGGAAACUCUUCCUCAAAAACGGGGGGUGGCCAGAGUUCCAAGAAGCAAGAGCAUUGUGUCUUAACAAGCUAAAACACUUGCCCGAUUGGUUUGAUUUGCUUCCAAGCGAUUCAAGCAAAAUCGAAGACUACAUACUGAACAACGCCACGAUCAUACUUUGCACUGCUGCUAGCUCAUUCAAUCUGCGCCGCGUCCGUGAUUUCCAGCGGUUUGAGCUCCUUGUUAUCGACGAGGCGGCGCAGCUCAAGGAGUGCGAGUCACUGAUACCUCUACAGCUUGGUAUCCACCGUGCUGUUCUUAUCGGUGAUGAAUGCCAGCUACCAGCGCUUGUCAAAAGCAAGCUCAGCGUUGAGGCCGGCUUUGGAAGAAGUCUGUUUGAGAGGCUUUGCUUGCUAGGACACCCGAAGCACCUCCUCGAUGUGCAGUACAGGAUGCACCCGGAAAUAAGCAAGUUCCCCAUCUCGAGUUUUUACUGUAGGAAGGUAACAGAUGGCCCCAACGUCCUUCACAGAGACUACGAGAGGAAGCUCCUGGAUGGCCCAAUGUAUGGCACCUACUCCUUCAUCAACAUCCAAGGUGGGAUCGAAAGCUCGGGCAUGCAUGGCACAAGCCUAAGCAAUGCUGCUGAGGUCGCUGCGGUGACCCGGAUUGUGCAGAGAUUGUCCCAAGUUGACACAAAAAGCAAGCUCAGCGUGGGCGUGGUAUCACCGUACAAGGCCCAAGUCCGCGCCAUCCAGGAGAGCCUUGCUUUGGAGCACGACAAGUACGGCGGUUUAUCCGUAAAGAUCCGAACCGUGGACGGGUUCCAGGGUGCCGAGGAGGAUGUCGUCAUCUUCUCCGCUGUGCGGGCCAAUACCCAUGGAUCGGUCGGGUUCCUCUCCGAUCAGAGGCGUACCAAUGUGGCGCAAACACGAGCCAAGUGA